ACUUCAGGAGGAAAAAGCUGCUAAAUAUGCUGUCGUGGAUAUCUCAGUGAUCCAAAAAAUGGUAGAAGAUUUGGAAGCGCAGGAUGAUGAUGUUGUACAAGUGAAUAGUAAAGCUUUUGUUGUUGAUGGAGAUCUUGAGGAAAAGCAAUUGUCACCACCUACGGCUCCAUCAGUUGAUUCAACUGCAUAUGCAAAUAGAAAUGGAAGUACUAAAUCAACAGAUGAAGCCAGUCGUAAGACAAACUUCAUUUCAACAAAAAUGAAUCUGCUUAAUUGUGCUGAUAUACACACAUUGGAUCCCAUGCCUUGUGCUGCUGAUUCUGCUCAACUCAAUACCAAUGUUUCCAACAUACAAAAGAAAAGACGUCAUUCAGAGGAAGAAGGUACAGAUGAUUUGCCAUGCUUAUUCUUACAUUUCUGUUCUUAUUUGUGGCACUGAACCCACAUCUGAAGUUGUUUCUGUUUGACAAGUGACAAUAUCAAUCCUUUGCCUUCUGUCUUCACAAUAUCAAUCCUUUUGGUAUGUAAAAUGACCAACAUAUUUGCUUCUAUAUAUUGCAUACUGUAGAGAGACAAGAGUCCAAAGGUCUUCAUUCUAUAUGGAAUUUAUUAUUCUUCAUUUAACAAACUUUAUCAAGCAUAGUUCAUUGCAGCUUCAGCUUAGUCAAACAGCAUAGGGUCUUUACCUUGUAUCACAUAACAUUAAUUCAAAAGUAAAUGCAAGCUAUCCUUUUCAAUUGCUCUCUCAACCUGUUAAAAUUAUU